AUGCAACAACGCUCUAAACAUAACGCUCAUACCCCAACUCGCACUCCAUCUGACAAUGUCAGUCAACGCGUCAAUUCUAAUAACCCCAGUAAUAAUACUAACUCCGUCACAAACGCUAAUAGUAAUGGUUCUGUUGUAGAUAACAGAGAUUCUCAGCAGCAAAAAGGUCUGGAAUGGAUGCUUGGUCUUUCUAUCCGAGUGAAAACUUCGACUGAUGACGAGUAUGAGGGUCAGAUUUAUGCUUAUGAUCCAAAUGCAAUACCUCCAGGUGCCAAUUCUAGUGGAUCUCAAAAAUACGAUUUUCGAAUUUUAAAAAUUAACUUUCUUAAAGAUGUGAUCCAACUUCCUAAUCGUAAAUCUUCUGCUGAUGCCAAGGAAUUACAAUCGGUUAAGGAUACACACGUUGCGUUGGCAAAAAUUGGUGUGGGUGUGACACAAGAGGCUCAGGACAUUUUUGAUGCAAUGAGCAAGACGGUGAGAAAAGAAGAUUGGCAAGUGGGCGUAGAGAUGCAAACGGUUGGCUUGGUUCAACUAACGGCUUAUUUAGCUAUUGCACGACAAACCGCUCGUAAUCUACUAGGUGCAAAAAGUAGUACUACUGUAUUAGGACAUCAUGCAACUAGUGGUUUUUCGAAUAGAGGUGCUAAAACCUCAACUAAUGCAACUACCUCAACUAAUAUGAGUCGAAGACCUUACAGUUCACUUUCUCAAACAAAUCAGUCCGACCUUUUUAAUAGUGGAAUAAGUGGUAGUAGUAGUUCUGAGUCUGGUAUACAACAAAGACCACUAGAUCUUAGACAAGAACAACUUUAUAUUAGAGAAUAUAAUGAUCUACUAAUGCUAUUGAAACAAAGAGGUCUUCCACGAGAAGUUGAACGUCGUUUCGAAGAAAUGAAAAGAUCUGGUGUACAACCAACUACAUUCACUUACAAUUUAAUCCUCGAUACGGUAGCUGGAUUUCGAAAUGAAAAUAAUAAUUUGGAUAAAUUAAUUCAAUAUUAUGAUGAAAUGAUUCGAGAUAAUGUAAAACCUAAUCUAUCAACUUAUAACAUAAUGAUCAAAACUCUAUGUAAAAGAGAUCUUGAAAUUCAAACUAAAUUAUAUCGUUUAAAAAAAAGAGCAAAUAUGGGUGUUAAUUUGAAAGCAAUUGAAUCUCUUGAAAAAGAAAAUUGUAUCGAUUUGGCUUUUCAACUUUUUAAAAAAAGUAUAGAUAUUCAUGGUUAUUAUUAUGAAGCUGAUUUAUGUGAUGCUUUAUUACGUUCUCUUGCUCCUUAUGGUAGAAUAGAAGAAGGUUUAACGGUAUUUGAAUAUAUGGAAACCCGUGAAAUAGUAUCUCCUUAUACUUUUGGUUAUUUAAUAUCAAUGUAUAGUCAUGUUGGUGAUAUAGAAAGUUCUAUAGAAUGUUUUAAAGAAUAUAAAAAACUUGCUCCAAAUUUGACUGGAAAACAUGAACCUUUGGCCGUAUAUAAUCAAAUGAUUUCCGCUUAUGUUCGUUGUAAUAAUGUAAAAGGUGCUAUUGAAAUUUUAGAAAAAGAGAUUCCUGAGAUUGGUCUUGUACCUGAUGAAUGGAGUUAUUUUUACCUUAUCAGAGAUUUAUGUGAUAGUAAUAAGACUGAAAUAGCUCAAGAAUGGUUUGACAAGAUGAAAAAUGUUGAUUCAAUACCAAAUCCAUUUAAUUUGAUAUACGAUACUAUGUUGAUGCAAUAUUCUUUAAUUGGUGAUUAUUCAAAUGCUUCAAAAAUUUAUCAAGAAAUGAAAGACAUAAAUUUAUGUCCUCGAUAUUCGGAAAUGUCUUUAUAUUUACAUUUAACUCUCAAACAUGAUCCUGAUAGAGUUUUAAAUCUCUUGGAUGAUAUGUAUAAAGGUUAUUUAGUUACGGAUCUCAAUUUAACAAAAAGUAUUAUGAAUCAUUUCGUUCAAGCUCAAAAACCAGAAAAAGCUCUUAUCGCUCUUAUCAAGAUUAAAGCUCUUACUGAUCAUCAUACAAACAGUUCAUCGAAUAGGUCGAAUAGUCCAACAAUGUCUUUGGAUGAUUAUAUCAUAACAUUGUUAAAUGAUCCGAAUCUUUCACUUAAAGGCGCUAUUGAUGGAAAAUUUCAACUUUUAGAUUAUGGAUAUUCUAAAAUAUUAAAUUUCAAUAAGACCAUAUUCAUGAAAUAUGACAAGAUUAAAAACAAUGGUGAUAUAGUACCAAGUUUGAAAGAACUUGAUGGUCAACAUAUAUUUGGGCUCUUUGAUAAUGCAACUUCUUUAUAUAAUUUACAUAUCGCAAAGGAUGAAUUUAACGCAAGAGUAUUUGAACUUGUAGAAGAUUUAAAGUUGUGUGGAAUUACAUUACCAUACAGAACCUUUACGAAAGUUCAUCAUCAUUAUAUGGAAGCAGGGGAUCUCGAAGGUGCUGAAAAAUGGAAAGAAAUAGCAUCAGCAGUUUUAACCACUAAAGAUUCUAUUAUCAAAGAAUCUUCACAAAAAUCACUUCGUCAACCUACUAUCGAAGAAAUUAAUCGAUCUUCAGAAAUAUCACAAUUAUGUAAAACUCAUGAAAUUAAUCCAGUUCUUUUGUUAAGUGAAUUUCAUAAAAUGCUUAAAGAAGAUUUAAUACCUACACCUGAAUUAGUUAGUCAAGCAAUUAGAAAUUUAGGAAAAAGUAAGAAUGUAAAAGAAGCUGAAGAAUUAUAUCAACUUUCACUAGAAUUCUUUAAAAAGUUGGACCCAUCAGUAUGUACAAACGGAUUAAAUUGGGCACGUAAUAGUAUGCUUAUAGCAUAUGCUAGUAAUGGUCAAUUGGAUAAGGCGUAUCAAAUUUACAAUGAAAUUUUUGCACUUGGGUAUCAACCAGAUGCUAAUGCAUAUGCUGAUCUUUUGGUUGCCGAAAGUAAUAGAGAUCCUGAUGAAGCUGCAACAGCUAUAAAAUUAUACGAUGAAAUAAAACGUUACAAUAUAAAACCAACGCUUUAUUUCUAUAAUGUAUUAAUUAGUAAACUUGGAAAGGCUCGAAAGUAUGAUGCGGUUUGGGAAGCAUUCAAAGAUAUGAAAAGACGUAGAAUUCAACCCAAUUCUAUUACUUAUGGCGCGUUAAUCACAGCUUGUACUCGUGUGAAAUCGGAGGACAAAGCUUUAAUGGUAUUAAGAGAAAUGGAACAAUCAAAAUCGUUUCAACCACGAAUUGGACCUUAUAAUACAUUAAUGCAAUUUUAUACAUGGGAUCUUCAUGAUAGAGAAAAAGCUCUUAAAUAUUUUGGGGAAAUUAAUCGACACAAUUUAAGACCUUCUGAUCAUACAUACAAGUUAUUGAUUGAUGCAUAUUCGACUAUUGAACCUUAUGAUAUGAAGUCUGCUUUAAAUGUGUUUGAACAAAUGAAACGAGAUGGUGUUACACCACAACCAACACAUUAUGCAUCCCUUAUUUAUGCUUAUGGAUGUUGUCAUCGAGAUGUACAGAAUGCACUUCAAACAUUUAAUACCAUGCAAAGUGCAUUCAAUAUUCGACCGGAUCAAAGUGCGUAUCAAGCAUUAUUUGAUGCUCUAAUUGCCAAUGAUCGUAUCGUAGAAGCUGAAGAGUAUUACGAUGUUAUGUUAAUGCAAGGUGAUGUCAAAUCUACUGCAUAUAUUGAGAAUUUGUUUAUUCGAGGAUAUGGGCAAUUAGGGCAAUGGGAACGUGCUGAAACAGUGUUUAAUAAUAUGAAAGAUUCUGAUGAUUUAAAUAAUGAAAGUGUACCAAGGGAACCAAGUACGUACGAAGAGAUGGUAAAAGCAUAUGUUAUCAAUGGACAAAUUGAAAAAGCUAAAGAAGUUGCAAAUAUACUGGAACAUAAAAAUUUUCCGGAAAUUGUUAAAAAUAAUAUAGCAAAUUUAUUACAUUAA